CAUUUAAAUAGAAAAUGUAGAGCAACAGAUUGCACAAAACAAGGACUCAAUGACUCCACGAUCUGCAAAAAAGGAAACUAAUCUUAUCUCUAAAAAUAAGGAACCAUACUCCACUAAGUUAAGACUCAAUAACAAACUUAGACUCUGUCAAAUUAUAAACUAAUCCUGCAAUUUAUCUUGAAGACACGUAAACCAGAAAUUGACAGCUAAGCAAAGAAAUUGACACCAAAGCAAAAAACCCAUUUCAGCAUUAUAUUGUAACAGACUAGACCCUCCGUUGUCCAAUGGAAGGAGGACCACCGGCUUCUCAUCUCUAGAUUCGAUGCCUUGCUCUUACAAAGCAUUUUGUUGCCUUUCGAUGGCAUCGAGAUGGCUAAGCAACGUGCUCAGGAGAUCGUGGCUCGCCUCAUCGCUACAUCUGCUCUUGCUAACACCAAGCGUCCUCGCAUCGAGAACUGUUCUGGCGGUUUUGAUAACAAAAAAGGCUUUAGUUCUGCUCCAUCUGUGUCAAUUGAUUGACUGAAUCUUACUAGUUUUUUGCAUUUGAAGCUUUAGUUAGUGUCUAUCACAAACCAUGCAUUAUUUUUUUUCCUGGAUUAGGGAAUUUUGUUUCUCAACUACUAAUUAUAAAUUAUGCUCGUUUCAUUCGAUUGUUCAUUUAUUGUAUGAGUGAAGUGCUUUACUCUUGCUAGGUUGCUGUCUAAGAUAGAGAAGAGGGGUGGAAUGAUAAGUCUGUAGCAAAUGAUAGGUUCGAAGAUGAUAGGUUCAUAGAUGUGCCUUGUUUAAUAUAAUAGAAUGAUUUGU